AGCAAUCAUCAGCUGGACGUUGGUAGUGGUCACAUGACGAUGUUGUGGAUUUAUUAUUCCACAUGUCCGCGUUAGGGCUGCACUGCAAGGCUGCUGACAGUCUCUGCAACUCUGACAGGAGGAGUUCAUGCUGCACUUUCUCUUUUUCUCUCUCGGUUUACUUAAAGGUGGCGGUGAUUUCACUUUCAGGAGGUAAAAGGCGUGAAGACGCAACUGUUGGAGGAAAUUAUGAGGAAGGCAGAGCUGUGAUUUUUGUUCCUUUUCAUUUCUGAGGCAGAAGUUUAGGAGGGGAUGGAAAACAAAGCCAUGUAUCUGAGCACAAAUGAGGAAAGAGAGAGCAGCUCCAUGUAUGAGGAAGUCUACGAUGGACACAACUUGUCCAAACUCAACCUUUGUGAUGAAGUGUGCGCAAAGCGCCGCAGGAAGCAGGACCAGCACUGCAGUCUCCUGAACUCCCUGUCUGCCAUCAAAUAUGCGAUUGUGUCCUUGUACGUCCUGGUUCUGCUGACCAUCUUUGGACUCUGCUUGGCAGUGUCCCGGUCCCAGGUUUCCUCCCAGCGCCAGGAGGUUCUGAUGGAGAACGUGACUCGGACGUCAGACCACGCCAGCGUCCUCCAGCAGACGCUGGGCGAGGCGUCCACGCAGGCCGACCUGCUGGAAAACAUCUGGAAGCUGGAAAGCCUCUUCCAGAACCACAGCAGCUGGCUGCAGCGGCUGGAGAUCCUCAUCAAGGGUCUGGAGGUCGAUCUGAGGAGCAUCCAGGCGAACUCUCUGCAGUCAGAAGGUUACCUGGUCCAGCUGGACGACCGUCUGUCCUCCUUCAGCAGCUCCGCUGGCAGAAACCUGACCGUCCUGAGCGUGGACGUGGCCCGGACCUCCAGGUGGCUCCGCGACCACGACGUCCUCCUGAGGGACGCAUCAGGACAUUUGAAUGGACUCAGAGAGAAACUAGACGAAGUCAACUGGACUAUUGGAGCUGUAAAUCACACCUUCACCAACGACAUCAGCGUUCAUCACCUUAAAAUAAAAGACCUGCAGAUACAGAUCCACAACAUCACAGACGACACCAGCAGUUUAUGGGUGACACACAUCCACACGGAGACGCAGCUGAGGAACGAGAUGGAGAUGCUGAACUCGAUCACAGAGGAUCUGCGGCUGAAGGACUGGGAGCACGCCAUGACCCUGAAGAACCUCACGACUCUAGAGGGACCUCCAGGCCCGAAGGGUGAAAAGGGAGACUUUGGACAAACGGGCCAUCCUGGCGUUCCCGGGAUCUCUGGCCUACAAGGACUUGCAGGAGAGAAGGGAAUGCAAGGCCCCCAUGGCAUGCAAGGAUCUCCUGGGGCCGAUGGCCCACGGGGAGAGAAGGGUGAACGCGGACCAGUUGGGCCUAAAGGUGACAGAGGAGAUAGAGGCUUCAAAGGGGAUAAAGGUGAUCGAGGCGACAGAGGAGAACGAACAGUCCAGGAGGCUCUGGUGCGUUUGGUGAACGGGUCGGGUCCCCAUGAGGGACGCGUGGAGGUGCUUCACGAGCGCCGAUGGGGGACGGUGUGUGACGACGUCUGGGACCAAAAGGAUGGAGACGUCGUCUGUAGGAUGCUGGGAUACAGAGGAGCAACGGAGGUUCAUAAGACGGGCCGUUUUGGACAGGGUACUGGUGUGAUCUGGAUGGACGACGUUGCUUGCACUGGGACUGAAGUAACCAUCCACCAGUGUAAGUUUUCCGGCUGGGCCAAAACGAACUGCGGCCAUGUUGAGGACGCCGGCGUAACCUGUGCAGUGUGAACAUGCAGGAUCAUCGCUGUCGUGUUGAGUUUUCUCCAUGCCAGGCCUUUUUUUGUACCACUUUUCUACAAGGAGUGCCUUCUUAUCAGUAUCGUUGCUCACUUACCACCAAAAAGUGCCACCUAACCAGAUAAAAACAAAUUUUUUCAUGUACUUUUAUGGGUUUAUGAGAAGUACAAAAACUGAAGGCCCGUGUUAUUUUUCAUGACCUGCACUUAUUGAGCAUGGAUUUCAUGGCUGUUUGAUUUCUUCUCCUCACCGUAUAAGAAGUAGAGAAACUGAGUCUCAGUUCUGGACAUUUUGACUGAAGAGGGACUUUCACAAACCAUUUUACCAACCUAAAAACAAGGAUGAAAUCUCUUUAGGAAAGACAGACUGUCAAUGAUUUGACUUUCAUUUCCCAGCAGCUGCUCUUUACAGCAAAAUAUUCAAAAGGCUUUUACAGAGUGUGACAGAUUUACAUACUUUCUUACCUUUCAACCUUGUAUAACACUUAGAGUUUGAAGGUCAAAAAACGCCUCAAAGCAUGCAGAAAGAAAACUUGAUAAUCUUUCAGUUUAGUUUUUAUUGAGGUCAUUUAAAAUAAUAGUUCUCAAAAAGGCUGACAUUUAUUUUAUCUUUAAAAGUGGUCUUUAUCUAAUUGCUUUUCAGGCUUUUUAAAGAUAUUUAAAAUAUUUUUAGAAAAACUGGAUACUUUUUUAACUCAUUUGUGGUCAUAAUUACAUAAUUGUGACCACAAACACAGCUGUGUGUCAUUUUAAAAAACGAAAUAAGAAACCUGUGGUAGAUAAAAGAAUAAUAUCAAAAAGCCUUUCGUUAACUAUCUUAAGCUGAUCAGAAGUUUCUGCAAGUAUUUUUGGUCUAAUUUCUAGUGCAAAUAUCUCAGAACACUUAAAAUAAGACAAAACUAACUUGCAACUUUUUACCAGAAUAUAGGAGCUUUUUAAGUUCAUAAUUAAUAUUGAUGGGGUUUUUUCCUCUGGGAGAUUAUUUAAUUCAUAACAAGACAUUUUCUCCAUGUUAUACAUUAAAUAAUUUGCCAAUGGAACUUGUGAUUUUUACAGAAAUAGUUAGGAAAUAUUGACUUAAGUCAACCUCAUAUAUCUUGUUGAACAGUUACUUGUAAGUUAGUUUUGUCUUAUUUUAAGUGUAUUAAGAUAUUUACACUAGAAAUUAGACAGAAAUUCUUGGUAAGAUUUUGUGGUUUUGCAGUGCAUAUGUGGAAUCCAGGUGAAGGGAAUAAAUACCUUUUUAAAAAAGCUAUUGGUGUAAAAAUAGCAGCUAAUAUCCGAAGACCUUCACAAAGUCUGUAAAACUGUUAGCCAUGACCACUUUAAAAACAAUCCAAGUAAAUCUGAUAGGAAAAUGUGGAUAACUUGCACUGUUUUUGCCGUGUUUGUUUGUUUCAGUCUCUUAAGAUCUAAUCUCCUGUUUACUGGGAUUUAUUUAGUGGAACCUCAUUUAGUUAAUAUCUCCAUAUACUGUGCAUACAGAAUACAUUUUUGCUAAUAUGCAGUGCCUUGCAAAAAUAUCCCACUGUAUUUACAAUUUAGGUGACUUCUGAAGGCAAGUGGUGGCACUGUACUUUAUUUUAGGGGCAUCAAGAGUUGCAGGGGGUGAAUUAUAAUGUACUGCUGUUUACAGAUUUUUAUUAAUAAAAUAAAUUUAGAAACUAUGCAUUUUUUUCUUCUGUUCUAAAACCUUAAAUCCAGAAUUGUGGGUUUCAUAAUAUUCUAUCCAGUACAUAAAUGUCUUACAAAUAAUCAUUUAACGCGAAAUUUCAGCUGCAUUUUUAAACUCUUAAGGGUUAACGGUUACUCCGGUUAACAGAUGAUAAUAAGAAAGACCAGAUGAGUGUAAACAGAUGGAUGGACGCCUGCCUUGCCUGAUUUAUAAUGGUUGGGCUGUGAAUCUACCAAACGUUGGCUUGCUUAAGCGUCACUUCUCACUCCAGACAAACCACAGUAAUCUGCUUCAGCAGUUUGUAUUUCUCUCAGUUGGAUAUUAUCUUCAUGGCUGAUCGAAAAUCCGAAACACCGAGCCACCUCCCACAUGGUUCUUGAGCUGAUUGGAAUGAAACUUAUGCAGGAAUUUGAACCUGAUUCUUGAUUGUCUUGAAAUUUGGCAAAUUCGAAAACCUAACAUUGCUCCAAAGAUAUAUUAUACCUCCAUUUUUUCUUUAAAUGUUUGUGUGCAAGACAUAAAAUAUUGGAUUUUAAUUUUACUUUUUGUUCUGGUUGCAGUCAGAAAACAGCAGUUCUGUUUGUCAAAGUCUGUGUUUUAAAUAGAGAUCCUGCAACAGGAGGCAAAUUGUAGCAAACUGGUGAAAUAAAGUUUUUUUUUUUU